AUGGCAUAUCCAGAUUAUCAAAAACCCUACAUCGUGCACACUGAUGCCUCGAAAGACGGUCUAGGUGCUGUCUUGUACCAGGAACAGGAAGAGACAAUGCAAGUCAUUGCGUACGCCUCUCGGAGUCUGACGAAUGCAGAAAAGAACUAUCACCUCCACGCAGGAAAAUUAGAAUUUCUGGCACUCAAAUGGGCAAUCACCGACCACUUCCGUGAUUAUUUAUAUUACGCGCCUGAAUUUACGGUUUAUACCGAUAACAAUCCAUUAACAUACGUUUUAACAUCUGUACGACUUAAUGCCACAGGCUUAAGAUGGAUUGGAGAACUGGCCGACUUUAAGUUCAACAUCCGUUAUCGUCCAGGAAAACUCAAUGGAGACGCCGAUGCAUUGUCCAGAAUGCCUAUGAAUAUUGACGAUUAUAUGAAAACAUGCAGUGAAGAGGUUAAUCGCGACGCCUUCCAAGCGACUGUUUGUGGAGCAAAAGUACAGGUCGAACAGUUUCAAACACCUUUGCUCUUUCCUCCUGAGAUUACUCGAGCGGAUGUUAGUUUAAACCAAGCAUCUAUAAAUUUGAAGACAGCACAGAAUGACGACGCAGAUAUUGACCGCGUCAUAACACUUAAAAUAGCGAACACGUAUUUGUCUCCUCAUGAAAGAAAGCAGGAAAGCCACACUGUACAGCAGCUGUUAAGAGAAUGGAAUAAGUUAAAAGUGGGGACUGAUGGAGUUCUGUACCAACUAGCAGGAACAGUCCGUCAAGUUGUACUACCUAGACGUCUACGUCAACAAGUUUAUAAAGAGUUGCAUGAAGAGAUGGGUCAUUUGGGUUCUGAACGCGUCAUUGACUUGGCUUGA